AUGCCGGCCGCAUCCAACAAUCAUCGAUGCUCGUCGCGCAUCCACAGCAACCGUAAGAGGGGCGGAUGCUUUGUGUGCUUCCGACGUUUCGCGGCCUUUCUAUUCUCGCACGUCGGGCUUUGUGGACUUGUCGUGGGCUACUCGAUCCUCGGCGCGUUCACGUUCCGUUUCCUCGAAGCGCCGCAUGAAGUCGAGAGGGCCGGCACCGUUAUCCGGCUGCGGGACGAAACCGUCUCGCGUCUGUGGGAGAUCACUGAUCGCUACAACGUUCUCUACCGCGACAACUGGACGGUCGAAGUCAGCAAGGAGAUGGUCCACUUUCAACAGCGACUCAUCGAAGCUGUCAAGGACGGCUACGACGGAAAACCAAAUGUGCGUCGCUGGUCCCUUUCGGGAGCCUUUUUGUACUCGCUCACAGUCAUCACCACAAUUGGCUAUGGAGAGAUCGCUCCUCGCACAGGACUGGGCAAGGUUGUGACCGUACUCUACGCGAUCUUUGGCAUUCCGCUCAUGCUGCUCUACCUAGCGAAUAUCGGCGACAUCUUGGCCAGAGCAUUCAGGUUCACGUACGGAAAAAUGUGCACCUGUUCGCGACGCAGUCCCGACCGACAAGACAUUCCGCUGCCUGCCGUCGGCUAUGGACCCCACAACUCGAGCUCUCUGCACCGCAUGAAUCAUAAUAGCAACUACGCGAGUUCGUACCGAAUGAAUCAUUACUCGGCGGAACCACCCAUUGAGAAAUCAGAUGUACGUCUCCAUCCCCUCGACCUCAACCUGACGCAGGCUGAAAUAGAUGAUUUGGAAGAUUUGAACACAUGCCGAAUCAGUAAGUGCAUCAUCCGCUCCCCUGCCUUCGAUCAUCUCCGACCGUCCACCGCUGCGGUGCGGUUUGAGGAAAACGAUCGCGUCUCGAUACCGAUCUCGCUCUGCCUCUUUAUCAUGAUCGCUUACAUCUCAGGAGGCGCCGUCCUGUUUUCUCUCUGGGAAGAUUGGGGUUUCCUCGAAGCCGCCUACUUCUGCUUCGUCACUCUCUCCACAAUCGGGUUUGGCGAUUUUGUUCCUGGAGUCUCGGACACUGACAGUCAAGAGAAGCUCGUCAUCUGUUCAUUGUAUCUAUUAGUAGGCAUGGUUCUGAUAGCCAUGUGCUUCACGCUCAUGCAGGAAGAGGUGGUACAUAAGGUUCGCAGACUUGGAAAGCGUCUAGGUCUGUUCCGCAAGGAGACCAGCUGCGGCAGCUGUCACCAGCUGCACGAAGUUUACCCGCCACCUCCUCCACCGCUGCCGCACGCGGAUCUGCAAGAACUCACAGGUCUCACCGCGCCUAUUCCCCCGCCGAUGCGAGAACCAGGUAGCGACUACACCUGGUGAGCAUCCGCUGAACCCGGGAAAGGCUCACUAGCACCAGGCAGCUGUGAAAAUCUGUGCUAGAGAUCUUCAGAGACCUGCUGCACAUCUGCUACGCGCUCGCCGCUGACGUUCUACGCGACCAGAAGAGCAUGCAAGAGCCAACAGGAGGUCUCAUACGGCUACUGC